AAAAGAAAUGUAUGAGCAAGGCUCAGCUCUCUUACCAUGUGGACCAAGUAUUACUCAUUUAUAGACCAUUUCCUACAGCGUUAAACCUGUCCUACAAGAUGACUGAAUGGUGCUCCUUGUUUUGUCAUUCCUGUUUCACUGUCAUCAAACCUGUUUGUGAAAGAGGGUGAACUGCUCUGUGAGAUCUGAGAUUUUGAGACUUGCUGGCAGAGUGCUUUUCACCUCCACGCAUGAGGAUGCCAUCUUCUAUAAUUUAACUCUCUCAAGCUCCUUGGCUAUUGUAAAACCUCAGGACUUACAUAACCUUCAGCUCAGGGAGUCCGACACAACACCAAAGCUAUUUUGGACCGACAAAAUGUCUUCCAAGACGAAGAGUGAGAAAACAGACAAAUCUGAAAAGGCUCUGGCAGCGGAAAAGGAACAGUUUGUCAAACUACAGCUCCAGAGCAUUGGAAAGUCCAUCACCACUGCUGAAGCACCGAUAAAGGAGAAAUAUGCCCGCAAGAUCCUGUUGGGAACACAUAAAGAAGGUGGAGCUGUAACGUUCUGGUCUCAUGUUGUGAGCUUACCUCUGGCCAGCAAUGCCAUCCUGAGCUGGAAGUUCUGCCACAUGGUGCACAAGCUCUUACGGGAUGGUCAUCCCAACACCGUGCGAGAUAGCCGUGGACACGUCCCCAGUAUUAAGCAAAUGGGAAUUUUAUGGGGAAGUCUCCAUGACCGAUAUGGCCAUAUCGUUGCUCUGUAUGCGAAGUUCCUGUGCAUCAAAAUAGACUUCCACUGUAAGCACAAAGAAAUUCCAGCAAAUCUUGAAACUCCAGAUGAGGUACUUGAGAGGACUAUUGCAGUAGAUAUCAACAAAGUGUUUGAAACAACUGGUGAGGUGCUUGACUACAUGGAUGCAGCACUUUUGCUACAAGAAACGGUCUUCAGACAACUUGAAACCAACUCUACAAGCUCGACCACUUCAGUGGGGCAGUGCCGUCUGGCUCCUCUGGUCCUGGUCAUCCAGGACUGCAGCCCCCUCUAUCACUACUUGGUCAAGCUCCUCUUCAAGCUGCACAGCCGUAUACCAGUGGACGCUCUGCUAGGACAUCGGGAGCGAUUCCGCAACCAGUUCGACAAUCUUACCCAGUUCUUUGAGAAAGCCAGAGGCAUGGAAUUCUUCAAGACUAUCAUCCAGAUUCCUGACCUUCCUGAUUCCCCUCCAAAUUUCCUCCGAGCGGCUUCAUUGGCUGACCAUGUCAAGCCAGUGGUGGUUCGCAAUCAAGAGCUGCCUGAUGAUGAUGACACAGAGACUCAGCUGGAUUUUGGUGAAGCCCCUGGUUCCCAAAUGUUCUAUGCAUACAACCAAUAUGACCCACCAAAUGAUGUACCAGUGCAAAGGGAGACUGAGGUAGACUCUUUGAGGAGAGAGCUGGAAGCAGUGAAGCCCGAACUCCAGAUGUUCAAAGCAGAGGCACAGCGCGCUGUGGUCCAGCUGAAGGAGCAGGUGAAUAUGCUGGAGGCAGAGCUGGAGGAACAGCGCACCCAUAAGCAGAUGGCUCUGGUGGAGAAUGAGCAUCUCCGCAUGGAGGUGGAGGCUCUCAGGACGCAGAGUGCAGUGGCUGCCAGCCUACAGGCUUCAGCAGAUGAUGCAGGCAGCCGGGCUCAAACCGCCCAGAUGCAUUUCUCCCGGCUUAAAGAGAAACACGCUGAGCUGGUCACCAGACAUGCCGAUCUCAUGAGAAAGAAUGCAGACAUGGUGAAGCAGCUAUCCAGCACUCAGCAAGCCCAAGAGGAGUUGUUCAAGACCAAAGAGCAGAUGGCGCAAGAGCUAGAGCAGCUCAGGCAGGAGAAGUACACAAAGGCUGAAGAUCAGAAGGCAGAAAUUGUGCGACUGAAGCAGGAGCUGCAGAGUGGGAAAGCUGAAAUAAUGCAAGUUCAGACUGCUCUGCAGAGCAAAGAAAAGUCAGGAGGCCAGCUGAGCAGUGUGUUGGCGGGGCUCCAGACGGAGAAGGAGAUGCUGCUGCGCUCUAUGAAAGAGCAGGAGACUGAGCUUGCUAACUUGCGCCAUGCUGCUCAGCUGCACCAGACCACUCUACAGCAGGAGAGAGAGAGGAGCCAGAGUGAGAUGAGCUCCCUGCAGAGCCAGCUGCAGGACAAAGUGUGCCGGGAACAGGAGCAGCAGUUGGAGCUGGACAAACUGAAGAGAGAGCUGGAGUUAAAAAGAGCAGAGGCAUUUAGUGCCCAGACUGCUCUGCAGAGUAAAGAGGCGACAGGAGACCAGCUGAGCAGUGUGUUGGUGGGGCUACAGGCAGAGAAAGACAUGCUGCUACGGUCUUUGAAAGAGCAGGAGACUGAGCUCGCUAACCUGCGUCAGGCUGCUCAGCUGCACCAGACCACUCUGCAGCAGGAGAGAGAGAGGAACCAGAGAGAGAUGAGCUCCCUGCAGAGUCAGCUGCAGCAAAUACUACGGAGGGAGCAGGAGCAGCAGUUGGAGAUUGCCAGACUGAAACGUGAGUUAGAGGAGAGGAGAGCAGAGGCAUUCAGUGCUCAAAGUGCUCUUAACAGUAAGGAAAUGGCAGGAGACGAGAUAAACAGUGUGCUGAUGGGGCUGCAGGCAGAGAAGGAGGUGCUGCUACGCUCUGUGAAAGAGCAGGAGGCAGAGCUAAUUAACUUGCGGCAGGCUGCUAAGAUGCACCAGGCCACUCUGGUACAGGAGAGAGAGAGGAGCCAGCGAGAGACAAGCUCCCUGCAGAGCCAGCUGCAGGCCAAGUCGAGUCGGGAGUCUAUGCUACAGCAGAAGCUGCAGGAGGAGCAGUUCUGUCUGCUGCAGUGUGCUGUCGUGGAGGCUGAAGGCAUCAUACUGGACGCUGUGGCCAAAGUGGACGACCCCAUGCAUGUGCGUUGUGUUUCCACUCCAGAGUAUUUGAUCAACAGAGCUAAAACGACCCUGGUCUCCAUUGACAAGAUGCAACAGAGUCAUGCUGGCUACUUGAGAAACAUGGAUGAUGCCAGUGGGUUGUUGAGAGCAGUGACCCAGUUCUCUCACCUUGCGGCGGACACUAUUGUUAAUGGAGCUGCCACUGCCCAUGCUGUGCCCACUGAUGAAGCUGACCGGCUGACAGAUAACUGCAGAGACUGCGCUACCCACUGCCUCCAGUUCCUCAAAGAGCUGAAGCUGAAGCCCACCUUGCAGCGGGCUGACCCCACUGCCAUCCGCUAUGUGGUCCAGCGCAUCCUCAACCAAGGCCAUGACCUUCAGCACAAAGAUGCAGACAUUCAGAAAGCGGAACUGGCCGACUUGGUGGAUACGGAGAUGGCUGCUACUUCCACAGCUAUUGAGGAAGCUGUGCUGAAAAUGGAUGAAAUUUUAAGCCAAGCAAGAAGAGAUACAUCAGGAGUAAAACUGGAGGUCAACCAAAGCAUUAUAGGUUCCUGCUCUGAUCUUAUGAAAGCCAUACACAUGCUGGUAACCGCUGCCACUGAUUUACAGAAGGACAUUGUGGAGAGUGGUCGGGGAGCUGGCUCUGUGAAAGACUUCUACGCCAAGAAUUCCUGCUGGACUGAAGGGCUCAUCUCGGCCUCCAAGACUGUGGGCUGGACAGCCACACAGAUGGUUGAGUCCGCUGAUAAGGUAGUGACAGACCGAGGCAAAUAUGAAGAGCUGAUUGUGUGCUCCCAUGAGAUUGCGGCCAGUACUGCCCAACUAGUGGCUGCUUCUAAGGUAAAGGCUGACCGAAGCAAUAAGAAGCUUCACACACUGCAGCACGCUUCACGUCAUGUGAAUGACAUGGCUGCGGUCGUCGUGACUUCAACUAAGGCUGGACAGAUGCAGAUUGAAGAUAAGAAUCCCAUGGAUUUCUCAGGCAUUUCCUUGAUCAAGCUGAAGACAGAGGAAAUGGAGUCUCAGGUUCGAGUGCUGGAGCUGGAAUCUAAGUUGUCCAGUGAGCGUCAGCGGCUGGGGGAACUAAGGAAAAAGCACUAUGAGUUGUCUGGAGUGCCUCUUGAUCAGCCUGUGGAGAGAAACUAUGACAGGUUUGCUAGUGUCUUACCUGCAGCUAUGCCUGAACCUCCGCUGCCUGAACCUCCGCUGCCUGAACCUCCUCUGCCUGAACCACCUUUUCUAAUGCUGCCUGAACUACCACUGCCUGAACUGCCACUGCCUGAACCGCCACUGCCUGAACCGCCACUCCCUGAACCACCAUUGCCAGAGCCUCCUAAAAGCACAUCCUCUAAAAGGUCCAUUUUCCACAGAUCUGGCACCCUCCUUAAGAAUGUAUUUCGGUGAAGCCCUUGAGAAGUGAAAAGGACCAAUUAUUAUUAUUGAACAUCAAUAUCUUUUAUAUUACACCUCAUUUUGUCAUCAUUGCUGUAUUUCAAGUUUCAUCAUUCAGGGAGAAUUUUAAAACGUAAGGUUUUAGACAUUCCAUGCUACAUAUUUUCUUUUAUUUCUCAUAUGGAUAUUUUGUAAAUCUCUGUAAUUUGGCUUAUGCUGUAUGAUUUAGAUAUUUUUGACUGUUAGUAUUCUUACCAAUUUUGUUAUUAUAGCUUCACUGAAUAUACACUUUUUUCAGAUUCAAACUUCAUUUCUGUAUGUGCCAAAUUAAAACAUAUGCCACAAAAGUUAACUUUGUCAGUUCAGUAUAAGUCAUAUUAAAAAGUCAAAUCAUCACUCACCAUUUACAAUGCAAUUUUGUGUGUUGUUUGUAUUUGAUGAUGGCAGAUGAUGAUGUUCUUAUCUUGCCAUUAUUAGAUUUCUUGUCAUCUCUCAUUACUUGUUUCUCCAACCUUUAUUGUAUUAACUCCUUGAACCCUAAGGGCCUGUAUGUGGCCCCACACUUCAAUUCCUUGCUCUCAGAACUACAUAAACUACAUAUUAGCUUCAUAAUGGUUACUGAAUAAUACUUAGUAUUAUUAUUACUUGCUGAAUAGUAAGUCUUAAAAGGAGUUUUUGAAAAGCUUGGAUCAGUGGUUGAGAUGUAAACAAUGUAAUUUAGAGGGUUUUGAUGUGAAAUGGUUCAUUAUCAAGAAACUUAUGAACUAUUUCUUUAUAGUGCUGGUGAUAGGAACCAGAGGUCACAAUGUCUUCAACACAAAUAUAGCCAUUUUACUGGCUAUUCAAGAGCACUAGUAAUCUGUGUUAAUAAUGAAGACUACUCCAUGGCUAAGCAUUACAAGAAGGUACACCACAGCCAUUCAGGGUAUUGAAAUCUUUAAAAAGUCCAUUUGUGGGGGAGACUGAAGCUGUUACUACGACAUGAAACAUUUUGGGUCUGGAACCUGAAAGCUAUGGAUUACCCAGGUUUUAAUGAGGAAACAGAUUAUAGACCAUUUCUGUAAUGAUUGUGAGAUUUACUUCAUUUGUGUUUUUAUAUGUGUGUAAACCAGUGCUAAAUGCUAUGUUUUAAUACUGAAAAGUUUUAUAUUCUAUGCAUUUGUCAUGUCAAAGUUGUGCUGUGGGUUUUUUUUAAUGUAUUUAUUUAUUUGUUUGCUGUUGCUUGUAAGUGGGUCUGUAUUUGAGAGACAUCUUUGCUCAUGCACAACCAAUUGGCUUGGAUGUCUAGCCAAUUAAAUUGCUUUGGAGGUGGGGUCUAGUUUGUGUACCUUUCUUCUGACUGAUCAUAGGCACCUGAGCCUACACGAGGGCAUAUCAAUGCACUAAAGGCCUUUGAAUAUAAGGAGUGUUUUGGUUUGGAGAGGUUUUUUCAAAAAAUUUUUUCAUUAGUAAACAUGCAUGUGCAGUUUUAUCUGUAAUAUCGAUAAAGUUUUCUUUGAGGACUGUU